UUGUCUGCGUUUAGAACAGUUGAAGAUCAUUUUAACUCUAAAAAACGCUGCGCUCCUGCGCCAGACGCUGGCAAAACACCGAGACGCGCCGCAACGGUCAAAGACAUCCGCAUGUUUACAUAGGAGAAAUUUUGAAAAAUUAGCAGAUUGACGCAAAAACUCCUUAGGUGUGAACAACCAACCCAGCAAAAACAGAACGUUCUUCUAACGUUAGGGGAUCCCGUUUUGUGGGAACCUAUUCCUAACGUUCUAGGAACGUUCUUUUUAGGUUAUUAUAAUAUAUAUUUUUGUAACCAUAAACUAACGUUCCCAGAACGUUUUGGAAACCAAGAAUUGUUAGCUGGGAACUUUCAUACAACUCUCCGUCUGCGCUGAGCGGCAAUACGCGACCAAGUUACAACGUGCACGCGUAGGCUACAUUGUAGUCAGGGCGCAUUCGAGUGUUGUCGUGUCACUAUCAGGGUAGAUGGGCCGUUACUUUGUUUCCUAGAAGAUUCUAAUAGGAUUCAGGUUUAAUCUCUUCUCUUCGCCCUUUGCUGUCGCUUUCGAUUGACUUGAACGUGUUAUUGUCGCUUAUAAAACGUUGCUUUGUAGGCGGGGUUCAGCGCUUACAUUAGACAUAUUAUCUGUUCGUAAGGCGUGUUCGUUUUUUUGGAUAGCGUGGGAUGGAGUAUAAGAUAGAGCACACGGGGAAACUGAAACUUCUCUGUUUGAGCUGACAAGUUCCGGAGUUUGAGUAGCUCGAUAAAUUCACGUUUCGAUUCAAGACGAUGGCUGAACAUUUCGGAAACAAUGGAAAACCAGUUUUUGAUAAACCAAAGGUUGAGCUACACGUGCAUCUUGACGGCGCUAUCCGUAUAGAGACUGUUAUAGAUGUUGCAAAGUAAGGAGGCGAGGAAUCACUCUACCUAAAAGCACUGAGGCUGAAAUGAGAGAUCUGUGUACACUUAAAGAGCCGUCCACACUCACAGAAUUCCUUGGCAAGUUCGAGCACUACAUGCAUGUCAUUGCAGGUGACAGAGAAGCCAUCAAGAGGAUAGCUUAUGAAUUUGUAGAGACAAAGGCCAAAGAGGGAGUGAUCUAUGUUGAAGCGCGAUACAGCCCUCACUUUCUGGCCAACAAAGGAGUGGAUCCUCUACCAUGGGGCCAAAAAGAAGGGGACAUCACGCCAGAGGAUGUGGUGCGCCUUGUGAAUCAGGGCUUUAGCGAGGGGGAGAAGGCCUUCAAAACCAAAGCCAGGUCCAUUCUGUGCUGCAUGCGUGACAUGCCAAAUUGGUCUAUGGAAGUGGUCGAGCUAUGUAAGAAGUUUAGUAAUGAUGGAGUUGUGGCUAUAGAUCUAGCUGGAGAUGAAUCCAAGAACUGUGAGGCAUGUCCAGGACACAAGAAAGCAUUUGAGAAAGCAGUCACUUAUGCAGUCCACAGAACAGUGCAUGCGGGGGAAGUGGGUCCACCCUCUGUUGUGAGAGAGGCUGUAGACGUUCUAAAAGCAGAACGCAUUGGCCAUGGUUACCACACGCUUGAAGAUGAAGCACUGUACAAACGACUGCUUAAAGAAGACAUGCAUUUUGAGAUUUGUCCUGUUUCUAGUAGUCUGACAGGAGCUUGUAACCCAGACUUCAAGAAACAUCCUCUCAUCAGAUUCAGGGAGGACAAAGCCAACUACUCCUUAAACACAGAUGACCCCAUGAUCUUCAACUCCACCUUGAACUCAGACUAUCAGGUGGCGCUGAAAGACAUGGGCUUCACUGAAGAGGAAUUCAAGAGACUGAACAUAAAUGCAGCUAAGUCCUGCUUCCUUCCUGCAAAGGAGAAAGAGGAGCUUGUUAAUCAACUAUAUGAGGCCUAUGGCAUGCAGAAGAGCACCAGCUUUUAAGCACAGCACUGUUUUAAACCACUAUGCAGCAUGCAGAGCCUUUCAGAACAUUUGCCUUUACACAAGUGAAUGUGUGCCCUAAUUCCUUGAAACUUACCUCUCAAAAAGCUGUAGUGAAAUGUGUUAAUUACACCACAUUGAAGGUCAAAUAAGUCAACUUUGACAUCUAGAUGUAAACAUGCAGUACAUCAACAUACAGUAAAUGAUAAACCACUUUUGUUUUUACAUUUUGUUGUGUUCCUCUGUUCAAACACCAGAGGGCAUUUUCCAAUACAUAAGACAAAAUGAUGAACUCAGGAAUUGCCAUUUCAUGUUGAAGUUGUGGAGUUGAUCAUACCUCAGUGAACCAUAACAAAUAUUGUGUUUUACAUUGUGUAGUAUAAUGUGAAUUUCACAGGAAAACAUAGGACUGGGAAUGUUGUGGGAAGGAAGGGACUUUAUCACUUGCUGUAUAGUAGAUGAUCAAUACAGAUA